AUGCCCUCGCGAAGAGUGUCUACCGAAAAGGCGUCCGACAGCGUGAAAGCGCCCACGCAGCCCGUGCCGGACGAUCUGCCCUCCAUAGUGUGCACAAAGUGGGGCUCGAUGCUGCUCGAAAUACAAGGAGAACUGAAUCUGCCCCCAAGCAAACCGCAGGGUCUCAACGAGCAGGAGGAGAAACUGUUCACGAAAUUCGCAUAUCCGGACCUUGUGGCGGAUAGCGAGCUGCUUGUACGCGACGCGGUCAAGUUCGGGAGACUGGAGAUCGAGAGGGAUAUGAAAAGAGCGACGCUGUACGUCAGCACGUCCCAGCGUCUCGUCGGGACUGUGGAGACGAUCGACCCGCCGCUGGGACUGCUCAAAACCGACGUCGACGAGGCGGGCAAGUGCGAGUUUGUGGACGUGAAAAGCCAGACGAGAGGACGGUGGUGUCGCGCAGGCGAUGUUAUCGAUAGCACAAACGUGAAACGAGGACGCAUUGGCGAUAGGGAUUUGGCGAGGGCCAACUUGACCGAGCACAUGUAUUUAAGGCGGUCUGGAUCCUGUUUGCUAUGCACUGACAUCGUCACUUCUAGCGACCCACCAUGA